CACGAUACGCCACCGCUUCCUCCAUGUCUACUGCAUCCAGCUCAGCACAUUUCACAGCCAGGUUCCUCUGUGGUCGUGUGUGAUCGACAUGAGCAUGGUGCUUGCAGCACAACUGCAUGCCAAACAACAACAACAACAACAACAACAACAGCUGCAGCAACAACAACGCCCAGGCGCCCCUCGCGUAAUCCACAGUCAUCGAUGAAACAAAGACAGCGCGAACAGCCAUCAACACGGCUGCUAUACUUGCUGUCCUCCAGUGCCUCUCUGAGUUGCGCAGCCCCACGAGCCAGGACGGCCCUGACCUGGCCUUUCGCAGCGUGCGCGUAUCUUGAUGCGAGCGCGUCCGUUGGGUGUGAACAGCACUGCGUGCGAACAACACUGCGCACGCAGCACUUGCACGCCACACGCUAGUUUCAUCGUGUCUUUCACUCUCAAUGAAACGUCAGCCUACUCCAGCACACUGCGACAGGCAACCCCCACCUCCACGUUCAGCAUCCCCAACACCGCAAGCGUGUGGCAAACCAUGACCGUGACAUUCACAAUUGAUGAGCGCUGCCGAUGCCAGCACCAGCGACCGCGCAUGCAGCCACCAUGACAUCCUAGUCAUGGGAAAGACCCCGUGGUGUACACGUGCUCCUCCGGUAUCGUCAUUUACUACAACACCACAUCCAGCAGCACGCCCACCAUUCCCUUCACAUUGACCCCGUUCAUGUGCGCAUGCCAGGCUGAUCAGACCUACACCGACACGGAGCUGGCCUGCCGCGACAUCAGCGAGUGCAACCCAGGCGCGGUUGAGUGUGCGGGUGUCGGCGAGUGGGUUGGCCCAACGUGCAGUGAUGACACCAACAGGCCGCCAGAACGCAUCUCCCUCGGCACCACGCGCGUGCCAGAGAACAGCUUCCCGCUGCCUCUCAUCACUGUCCCUGUGGAUGGGUCGGCCAUCGAGGCUGCUCUGUUGGCUGACUUUCUUGUGCGCGUCAACGUUGAAGAUACAAACUACGCGCCAACAGCCCUGCUACCUGAUACCACCAGUAUUGCGGAGAACAUGCCUAUCGGCACCACCGUGGCCCACAUUACUUUUGUGAACCUCAGGCAACGCACCGUACAGCGACGCGAGCAACACUGGCUUUGA